ACAGCAAAUAUUUCAAAACACAGCUGAUAUAGUCUUGGGAUGUGUUUUACACUGAGCAAACACAGCUGAUGUCUUAAUACAUUAAAAAAGCUUAUAUUUCUUAAAAGUGUUUUUAAAUUAAUCUAAGUAGUGUUUGUAGUGUUUUUGGGAUUAUAGCUUAUAGCUUAUAACCCUAAAAAGAAAAAAAAGUGAAGUAUUAAUGUAAAAACAGAGCAGUAAAGUUAUUUAAAAAAGUGUGAAAUGUAGUGAUUUUAAAAAUAUGUGUGAUAAUCGAGAUGCCAAGGGAAGGUUUGCGAGUACCCAUCCUGACAAGAAGUACUCUCGAGGAAGAGGCAAGAAGAUUUCUAGAAACAACAUGCGAGGAUGAACCUGCCAACAAGACAAGACCUUCAAGUUCAGCAAGAAAGAUACAAACUCCAGUAGCGGAAGGAACCUCUGUGGUCAGGAAUAGAUUGAUUGAUAUGAACAUUCUAUUUCCUACUCUCAAGGAACUUUUGAUUUGCAAACAAUGCUAUGGUGAAGUUAAACUUGGCGAAUCUGAAGCUCAAGGAUUAGGAUUCAAGAUUGAAGUAGUGUGCAUUGAGUGUGGUCAGCUGGCAGCUAUCAAGUCAUGCAGAAAAGUUGGCGUCUAGAACCAUGCUUGGGAGAACAACAGAAGAGCAGUGGUUACUUUUCAUGCUCUUGGACUUGGACACGCUGGUCUAUCAACAUUUUGUGGGUUGAUGGACUGCUUGAAACCCAUGGCUCAGUCUGCAUAUGAUACAAUCAACGAAUAAUUUAGUGAAGUACGUCAGAAAGUUGCCAGGGACUCUAUGAAGACUGCAGUGAUAGAAGAAAAAGCUGCUACAGAGACUGGAGCACCCGGAUCAAACAUUUGAAGGUAAGAAAAGCCGUACAGAACCCAGAGGUAUAAGUGAAUAUACCUCAUAAUUGCUGAGAGUCAAGGUCUAUGUGUGUGGAACAUAGAAAACUUGGUCCCAAAGGAUUUGGUAAGCACUAAUUCAAGUUACACUUUCAACAAUUAUCAUAAACUUUAAAGUUGAUUUUCUCUAAAUGUUGUUUUUACUGAUUUCAGCUCACUGUCCGUAGGAUUCCAAGUGAACGCAUGGUUCUUUUGGGCUCAAACUCAAGGAGGAUACUUUGUACACCUGUAGUUCUGGUAUGAAUGCAGGGAUAUUGAUUUGAAUGUUUAGAAAACGUUUUAUACACAAUAAAGUGCCAGAAUAAGCGACAAAGAGAAAAAAAUGCAGUUUUUUCAUCGCCAAAUCAUUUCUAAACAUUCAAAUUAAAAUCCCCGCAUUCAUACCAA